AUAAAGUUUAGUAUUAUUGGCCUGAAACUCAUUUCUUUUGCUCCCCUCACAUUCUCUUUAGAUGCUUCUUUUGCUGAAUCCUUAUAUGGCUUACGAAGGAGAGCUGUAGAUAUUAAAGUCAAGAAGGACAAUACUCAUUUGAACUCAGGUAGUGGGAUUCACCACUCUGGGUUAAAAAGGCGUCAGAAAGUUCUUUCAGUAGUAUUUCUGGUUAUACUGCCAUAUUUGAAAUCAAGAUUGCAUUCAAUCUACAACAGAGAAAGGGAUGCCACACUUCAAGCAACUUUAUGGGGACAUGAGGAUGAAAGAUUUAAUGAUAUUAACACAACUGAUAGAGGGGAUGACUCUCUUGUUUCAAGUGCAACCACUGUGACAGAAUCAUCGCUUAGAGCACAGCUGUUGAAGAAGAUCCAGAGAAUUAUAGGGGCUUGCUACCCAUGGGUUCACGCUAGUAGCGAAGGGUUGUCAUUUUCAUAUCAAUUGUUAUCUUUGUUGGAUGCAACGGGAUUCUAUUCCUUAGGAUUGCAUGCACUUGGUAUCCAUGUCUGCCCAGCUACUGGACAAGAGCUGGGUAUUGUUGUGGGGCUUGAUAAUUUGGAUGGUGUAAUUCGUAUAAUAAGAGAAUCUUCAAGCAAUGCAGUUGCAACAGUUGGUCUAAAAAAUGAUCAUGCCUACAGAUGCUCAGAGGAUGUUUUAAGAGUUUGAGGGGUUUGUGCUUCUAGCUUCUGAGUUGGUGCCAGAUUAGGAUAGAGGCUUCACAUUCUUUUUUAUGUUUGUUUGCCUAAUUUAGUGUUAGUUUUUUUUUUUUAUUCAUUUAGUUUGGUUUGUAUUGGGGUAACUUUUUUCUAUUUUCCAUGUUGGCAACUCUGAUUCAUGGAGUUUGUUGUUGUAGUUCAUAGACAAUACAAUUCAAGCAAGGAUUAUGUAAUUGAAUUUUUUAUGA